CACAACGUAAGUCAAGAGAACAACUUGUCGAGGGCUCGGAAUUCAGAUGUUUCAGUCUCGAUUUUAAUCAAUCAAAAAAACAUAAAAAACUCGCUGAAAAAUCACUUGACCGCUGUCAACAUUUCACUUGUUGGAUCAACAUAUUAAUCGAGUGUCCUGUGAUAAUGACACUUUGAAAUAUUAUUCACGUGAUAGAUUCGAUAUUUAAGAAUUACAUCAUCCGUCUCGACUUCAAGUGACAGCAAAUAAUAAUUACGGGAAAUGGGAAAUACGUUGACAUCAGCAACAGUCCUAGCAGCGGACUCAAUUGCUCAAGUACCUCAGUCCAGCCCUGGCAAAUCUAAUGCUCAUAUUCAGAAGACAUUUGAGAGUACACCACCUCCGGAAUGUCCAAUGCAUCAGCAGGGGACAGAGAAGUCCAAGGGAUUCGUUAGUGAAUGUCCAAUAGAUCAAAUGGACCCUAACGAAAUCAAUCCCCUGAAUAUGAUGCCAGCAGCUAAUCAAAAUCCCGCCCCAGAUCAACCCUUUAAACUUCCAACAGAUCGUCAAGUGUCGUCAAUUCCCAAAGCCACUGAAGAGGGUGGGUUUUGGGUUUAUCCCUCCCAGCAGAUGUUCUGGAAUGCAAUGUUGAGAAAAGGAUGGCGAUGGAGGGAUGAAGACGUUAAGCCCAAAGACAUGGAGGAUAUUAUUAAGAUUCAUAAUGCUAACAACGAGCAGGCCUGGCAAGAGGUUCUGAAGUGGGAGGCUCUCCAUGCUAAGGAGUGUGGUGAACCAAAGCUGAAGAGUUUUGGAGGAAAAGCCAAGGAUUUCUCACCUCGUGCAAGGAUUCGUCAUUGGAUGGGAUUUGAAUUACCGUUUGAUCGUCACGACUGGAUCGUCGACAGAUGUGGAAAGGACGUGAGAUACGUCAUUGAUUAUUACGAUGGUGGUGCUGUUGAUGCUAAGUAUAGAUUUGCCCUGUUAGAUGUUAGACCUGCAAUGGAUUCACUGGAUAACAUAUGGGAUAGGAUGAAGGUCGCCUACUGGAGAUGGAGAUUCAGUGCUGAAGUCCGAGAAGAGGAGGAGAAAGCAUCAACUUCUUAACCCUGUUUAAAAAAAUCAUCGGGUAUUGCAUGAAGUUUUUUUUAAUAAUGUCAAAUAAUGAUCACGAUAUACGAAAGUUGAGUGAAAGAUACUGGACAAAAAUUUUUAUAUUUCUAAGGAUAAUGGAACAUUCAGAGGCACCAGCUAAUGAAACAACGCAUUGCCUAGAUUAAUUACUUGAUCCAUUAUUUAUGAAGAUAGAAAAACUUGUGUCAAAGAUUAUUCAUUAAAUUUUUGUACUCCAGAGCGAAAAAAAUCAUGCAAAACCCAAGAUCGAUCACGACUCUCGUUCAUUUGCUGUUACUAGAGUUACCUCGGCUCUCGAUACUGUAAUUUAUUCUGUUAACUAAUGUACAAUUGCCGUUGAAAUAUUCUAAAAUGAGUGAGGAAUGAAAAAUUAAGAGGAGCAGGCGUUGACUUCAUGAAGAAAUGAUUAAAAUAUGACGAAAAUAAUUGAAUGAAGAAAUAAGAGAAAUAAAAUUGGAAGCCAUUGAAGUAGAAAAUGUUCAUCAACUUGACAGUUAUUAUUAGCCAAUAUUUAUUGAUAAUAAACAAUUUGAAAUUCGUGAACAA